AGGAGGAAGAAAUACAAGGAAGUAAGAGGGCCGGCUGUAAAUUGAAGCAUGCUGUCCCGUAUGUGGACUGUUUGCGCCCGUCGUAGCACUCCUUCAUGGCUGCGAAUGUCAAUGGUUAACGUAGCUUGUGCUUGUGCCUGCUCUGCUUGCUGUCCUGGUACGACUUCCGCCUGAGUUCAAAGGUUUCUGAGGUGCAGUGAGUGCCGAGCGAGGCUGAAUUGUUGAUAGAAAGAUGGAGCACGUCUCUUUCCCGCCACUGUCCCGCGUUGCCGUUUGUGGCGGCACUCACGGAAAUGAGAUGACAGGGGUGUACAUGGUGAGAGCAAUGCAGAAACAGACGGUGGACCAGGCUGCAUCGGUUUCUAUAACCACCGUCCUGUCAAAUCCGCGGGCUGUGGACGCGUGCAGAAGAUACAUAGACACAGAUAUGAAUCGCUGUUUCACUGAUGCCUUGCUGAGUGCCCCCGUAACAGACUCUACACCCUACGAGCUGAGGCGAGCCCAAGAGCUGAAUGCUCAGCUUGGACCCAAAGGAAGCCAAGAGGCUGUGGAUCUGCUCUGCGACAUCCACAACACCACCUCCAACAUGGGCCUGUGCCUCAUCUUUUACUCCUUGGACUGGAUCACCCUGCACAUUUACAAGUACAUACAGAGCAAGAUGGCCCCCAAGCCUGUGAGAGUAAUCCAGCUGGAUAUUCCCCCUUCUGAGGCCUAUUCCUUCGAAUCAGUGGGCAAACAUGGCUUCGCAAUAGAAGUCGGUCCUCAACCCCACGGUGUGCUCAGAGCUGAUAUCUUUAACCUGGUGAAAGAGGCAUUGGAUCUCACCACAGAAUGGCUUGAGGGAUUCAACUCUGGAAGGACUUAUGAAGGAGGUGAAGCGGAAGCAUACACUCGGGUGAAGAGUGUAGACUACCCAAGGGAUCCUGCAACCAACGAGAUCACUGCUGCCAUACACCCCCAGCUGCAGGAUAAUGACUUCAAGCUCCUCCGGCCAGGUGACCCCGUGUUCCAGACAUUUUCGAGCGAGACGCUGAAGUACGAGGGAGAAGAGCUCUACCCUUUCUUUAUAAAUGAAUGUGCCUACUAUGAGAAGAAGAUUGCUUUCCAUUUAGCCAAGAAGACCACUUUGACCUUCCCGUCCGUUAGUGUGAAGAAGGACUGAGAGGACAGACAGAAUGAGACUGAGACAUACUGUAGAGAUUUCUAAUCACAGAGAAAUGUCAGCACUACGCCUGUAAUCAUGUUCAAACCUAUGCAAUGAACGACAUGAUAACAUAAUGACCUCCUCACCCUCUGUGGCCAUGCAACAGCUCUACCUCUGUGUUUCUGUGCUGGACUGAUGCUGCACAGGUGCUGGAGUUAUAAUCCUCCACCCCCUAACGGGACAAGGUGGCAAUAAUGCAGAACCCAUGUCUGAGUAAACAGAAACAUGGAUCACUUUGAACGACGUACGUUCUGACUUGAUUCUGAUUUGAUCAUUUUCAUAAGAUUUUAAAAAAAAAAGCUCAGUCGAAAGAGAAAGGUGAAAAGGUAUUCAAGCUUUUUUUUAGUCGUUAUACUGGUUGUUUAAAAUGAACCAUAGAAUCACUUCCUGUUGUCCUCCUCUGAUGGAAAUGAUUAAAACUGAUUGAUGAAACGAUAAA